AAAAUAUCAAAUCCACAACAUACAAUAAAACAGCAAGAAUAAAAGCCAUAUUCAAAGUCAAGAAACGGAGCCAAUUUAAAAGAGCAGAUGAUCCCAAACACAAAUCGCAGGUCAUUCUCCUGUCCUGAGAACAGUCACUAUGAGGCCUGUGGAAAUGCCUGCCCAGCAACCUGCUCUGACCGGACGGCACCCUCCACAUGUGACGACACCUGUGCAGAAAUCUGCCAGUGUGACGAGGGCUACGUCCUGAGUGCUGAGAAGUGUGUCCCAGUGGAGACCUGCAACUGCACUCACAAUGGCACAAUCUACAAGCCAGAGGAGGAGUUCUGGGCUGAUAAGGAGUGCCAGUCGCACUGCAAAUGUGACCCCCACCUAGGCAAGGUUGUGUGCAUCAUGGCUUCCUGUGAGGCCAAUACGAGAUGCGGCGUGGUCAACGGGAUCCGGGGAUGCCACGCCAUCACUGACUUCACCUGCGUCAUAUCUGGAAACCGUCACUACACCACCUUUGAUGGAAGGAAGUAUGGUUUUGAUGGGAGGCGGGAUACGUUCCAGGGAACCUGCAUGUAUCAGGUGGCGGGCGUCUGCUCCGGCGACCCCACCCUCACUCCAUUUCUGGUCCUGGUAAAAGAUCACUUCCGAGACACCGUGGCAGACCAACCCAAAGGGCUAGUUCUGGAGGUCUACAACAUGAACCUAAGUCUAAGCCACCAGUAUCCAGGCAAGAUCCAGGUCAAUGGAAUCCUUAUGGAGCUGCCAUUCUCCUAUGAGAAUAAACUGAGGGCUUACACCAGUGGAGUCCAUGGCGUCAUCAAGACAGACUUUGAUCUGAGAGUCAACUUUGACUGGUACAGCUAUGCCAGGGUCAUUAUACCCAACACUUAUGCCAAUGCCAUCUGUGGACUCUGUGGCAGUGCCAAUCAGGAUCCCAGCGAUGACUUCGCCAUGAAGGAUGGAACUCAGGCAAGUGAUGAAGUCCAACUUGCAGACAGCUGGAAGUUGAGGGAGGUUCCAGGGUGCUCAGCAGGAUGCACCACCGACUGCCCAGUGUGCAAAGAGGGAGAGAAACAAACCUACGAGAGUGACCAGUACUGUGGGAUCCUCAUCAGAAAGGAUGGACCAUUCAGGCAGUGCCAGGAGGCCAUUGACCCAACACCUUUCUUUGAUGACUGUGUCUUUGACACCUGCCAGUACAAGGGUCACCGUGAUGCCCUGUGUGGUGCCAUCAGUGCCUAUGCAACAGCCUGCCAAGCUGAGGGCAUCCAGAUUGGACAAUGGAGAUCAGUCUCCUUCUGCACAACCUCUAAAAUCCCAGCAGCCUAUAAUGAAUUCACCUUACUCCAGAUGUACCUGCUAUUUCAGAUCAUCAUAGACUGCACUGACGAGAAUCAAGGAGCUUCAUUUUGUUCAGCAGUACGUGCCAUCGACCGCAUAAACAGUGCUCCUACAAACAUCCUUGCUUUCCCUAGCAUUUGUAUUUACAAGAUCUAUACAUCACGUGCUGAUGCUGCCAAAAAGUCCAUUUUGCUUUGA